AUGCCUUGGCUGUCCUUAGGCGCUCGAGCAUACACUCUGGGUCCAGUCGAAAAACCAAUUGCUGCGCGCACGAAUCAUCUCAAGCUUGUGACUACUUUGUUGAAGCCGUUGCUGUCCGAGAACGCUUCCGUAACGCUUCCCAAUGACAAUAACUGGGAUGCACUGCAAAUACGCGGAACCUCUCCGCGCAUACACCCGAACUUCGUCGUCGUCAUUGAGCCCGCUACUGAAGAAGACGUGCAGAAAACGGUACAGUAUGCAUCCACAUCAGGAACACCCUUCCUAGCUGUUUCUGGUAGUCAUGGCUGGACGAAGACGCUCAACAACAUGCCAUAUGGCGUUCAAAUCAACAUGCGUAAGCUGAACAGCAUAACCCUGGAUUUGGGUGGUAAAACAGCAACUGUCGGUGGAGGCACGCUCCAAUGGGAAUUAAACAGGGCGCUCUACGCUGGGAACAAACAAGCAGGUAAUUCCCUCUUCAGAAACACGCGAGAGCCAAUCACUACGGUUUCCGAUACCUGA